GACUAUCAUUAAUGUCGUAGAAUGUCAGUAUUUUCUGACAUGCCAGCAACACUACUCGGUGAUCUAAUGUACUCUGAAAGAUACUGUAGAUUUUGGUUUGCAAACACGUCUGAGUACGUAGUGGUUUGAGUAUGAGCGUACACAACGCUAUACCUCUGCCAUAGGUGCUCACUCCACGGAUCUUCGCAAUCUAAAAUUUAAAACAAGAAAGACAGAGAAGGGACAUUUACAAUGGCUCACAUUUUGCAUAUAUUUGGAGCAUUCCUUUUGACAGCUGGAGUCAGCAAUGGCGCUAACGAACACGCCUUUGAGGUUAUGCAGACAGCUAACACAGUGUACGAGGGAGAAGAAUUUUUCGCCAUCGAAGCAAGACUUCGUUCGCUAUAUUCCGCCAGCGAAAAUUGGUGCCGAGACUACCAACAUCUGUGUGCCUCUUAUGGACUUCGGCCUACUGGCUGUGGCGAGUUCAGUACAGAGAUUGGUGCUGAGUAUGACGCGUGUAGAACAGAGUACAACUCUGACCCUUACAUCAACAGCGUCCUCAGCUGUCCUCCCAAUCGCAGGAUUUCAGAGGCUGUCAGCAUGGCGCUUCCGGUCUUCGCCACAAGUAGACGGACCUUCGGGUUCUACCGAUGUACGAGUGACAACUGUCAGAAGAACAUCUCCAUCAGCCAGGAAAGCCUUCACACAACCUCGGAUGCUCAAAACGACAGCAUCGUUUACACGUUGUGUAGUGGUACCUUCAAUGGUGCUACAACAAAUCCCACCACAACAACUGUGACACCUAGGACAGUCGCUGUAACGGAACAACGAACCCUCUCAAUGACCAACACAACGGUGCAACACAGUAGUGACGUAAUGACGAUUACAACCGCUUCGGAACAACACAGCAGUGACAACAGGGCAAUUACAACGACCUCUGCUAGUGCCAACACAACCGGACAACACAGCAGUGACAACAGGACAAUUACAACAACUCCGGCUACACCCACAGUCAACGCUACAGCUCUUUUGAGAAGUUCCAAUACAUCUUCCGUGACCGCAAACACCCCGGAUGUAACGACAACCCCAGUCAUCGCCAGUACUAUCACAACAGAGGGCGUGUAUAACUUGGUGAUGGAAGAAGUCGGACCGGACUUCCUCACAUUCUCUUGGAACGUUUCGGCGAACUUCUCGGUGUACAGUUAUCGCGUGCGCUACAGCAUGCUGGGAGGUUCGUACAAGGACCUGGCCCCCUCCCCGGCCGCGAGCGACACCAGGGCCUCCAUCCGGGGCCUCAUGCCUGCCACGCCUUACCAGGUCACAGUGACGUCAUACGGAAGAGACGGGCGACCUAAUUCUGAAGUCAGUAAGCUUCAGGUCACAGACAACAUCGUGGUGCACGUAUCAUGUGACCAGUCGCACAUGGAGGUGUCCUUCCCCUUUGCCUCCCUCCCUGGGGUUGACGUGGCGGGAAUGCAUCUCAUCAACUCCAGUUGCCUAGCAACGCUCAACGACACGCACGCCACCUUGCGGACAGGUCUGCAGGACUGCGGAACAAUUCAAGAGGUGUACGGACACGACAAGUUCAUCUUCACUAACAAGGCUAUCGCUGACGCAAUCGUCGACGAGAACGGUGUGGAGAGAGGCCAGCCGUUCAGUCGAACGUUCACCUGUACUCUCGUCCGUGUUUUCGACGUUACGUUUAGGAACGAGAUUUUGUACGUGGUCCCGGACUCUAGUGAGAUCAUUCGUCCUGAAGUGAAACUUUUGGACGGACUGGAGAUGAUCUACCCACCUACAUUUGCGAUCGAUAUCAAGGACGCCAACAAUACGUUUGUGUUCGACAUGCAUCUGUACACGUCCGAUGAUUUUGUGUACAAGUAUGAGACCCUGGACUACCCCGUACAGGUGCUGCCGUCCGAUCGGCUGUACUUCGGUCUAACAUCUCGGACCACGUUAACAAACAUGGAACUGUUCGCUCUGGACUGUCUGGCGACACCAACCGUAGACAUCAGCUCCGAACCCAAGAUUUAUAUCAUACGAAACGGUUGCCACGUCGAUCCGACUCUGCAGAUCCACAGUGAUGAGACCGACCCGUUAUCCUUGCACUUCUCGGUCAUAGCCUUCACUUUCCCGAACUCCACGGACAAUGUACUGUACCUGCACUGUACCAUGAUGCUUUGCAUGAUCGACGAUCCCAUAUCUCGCUGUGCGCAAGGGUGUAUACCAGCUGACCAACGGCGCAGGCGCAGAGGAGCCUCCUCUCAGGACCCGGAUGUUGACACCUGUCAGGGCUGUGAGCAUCAGACGGCGUCAAUCAGCCAAGGACCUCUGAUACUUCUCCCAGAAUCCAACUCGAAAGGUCUUUCUAUACGCUUCCUGAUUAUAAAAUUUAUGAAAGUUGUUUUCUUGGAGAUUCUGUUUGCGUUCGAACAGUGAUCUUGUUACAUCAAA